ACUAAGGUCAGGGUGCCCAAAAGUACAUAAUGGGCGUAGCUCCUGGGUAAGCUUGUUGCCGUUGGUGAGAGCUGGGUAAAACUGUCUUGUCUCACUUAAGGAGUCUUUUUUAAAUCUACGACGCGCGUACGUGAAACCGGAUAACUCUCUCUUCUUGACAUUCAUUCAGUUUCAAUUUCAAUUAUCCUUUCAUUAUCUUUACUGUCGAGUAUUCAUCAUGAAGCUGUCUGUAUUCACAUCCGUCCUCCUGGCUGGCCUUGUUGCCGCUCAGCAAGAGAAGUUACCAAAAUGCGCUCAACCAUGUGUUGACCAGUACACCACCGGUGGCGGCGUCGCGGGAUGCGGACAGCUCGACGUCAAGUGCAUCUGCAGCAACAAGAACUUCCUCUCUGGCAUCGCAUGUUGUCUCGAGGACAAGUGCGAUGCCGCCGGUAGGGAUACCGCCGUCAAGUACGCCAAGCAGAUCUGCUCGACCGCCGGAGUGACCGACCUUCCCGACCAGGUUACAUGCGACAAGAACGCCGCCUCGGGCAGCGCAACUGGUGCUACCACUCCCACUUCCAGUGCUGGUAGCAGCCAGACCUCGCCGGCGACUGGCAGCGCUGGUGGCGAUAGCGGCAAUGCUGCUGCGCGUGAGGGCGCCGCUGGUGUCUUGGGUGUUGUCAUGGCUAUGCUCUUUGCCCUGUAAGGGACAAUAGUUAUACUAUGUACUUCGUUUCAAGUUGUUUCAUCAUCAUCAAGAGGAGGGAUAUAAUUGGGAAUAAGUAAAGCAAUUGG